GUUCCUCCGGAAAAGCCCCCAAGCCACCGACUUUCUCCCCUUGAAAAACCAGGUGAAGGCCUCUUGAAAUUUCCCUCCUUUCUUGCUCAAGAACCAAGUCUCAAGCCUAGAACUCUCUCCCUCAACCCAGAAAUUCCAGAUCUGCUCUGCGUCUUCCUCCCUCUGCCGUCCGCGAGCUGCUCUUGCCGGUGAGAGUGCUUCGGUUUUUGCCCGUGAGCUUUCCCUGCCUUCCCGUCGGUCUCCCCAAGCCACAGCUCCGGUUUUUUGCUGAAAUUUUCUGGUAUGUGGCAACUCUUUUAAGUCCAAUUUCAUUUAAUUAGUGGUUGCCUUGUUGAAUUUGGUCCUUGUGUGACUGCCUGUGUUGUCCGAAUGCUGGCAAGGGAAGAAUGGAAGAUUUCGGCAGCUUAAUUGUGCUUUCUUGUUAAUUCAUGUGGAAAUUACUUGUUGUGGUUGCUGUGAUGUUAAUUGUGGGAAAAUUCUAUGAAAUUCCCGUGAAUUGGCAAUUUUUGCCUAAGCCGGUUCCUCCAUUUUGUCUAUGAGAUUUGGAAAUGUAAAUAUAAAUGCACAAUAUGAUUUUUAGAGCUCAAAUUUCGAAUAGGAAGUAAAAUAAAAUGAAGUAAAUAAAUAAAAUAAAUAUUGCAUUAUGGAGGUUAAUUGCCGGCAAUAUUGAAAAGAAUCAAAUAGGUAGUUCUCAUAUGGUUAUUAAUUCUGGAAUAUUGUGAUUAGGUACUUAAUUAUUCCGCACUGUAGCGCUUGGGAUUAGUGGUCUGUUUGGUGUGAUUUGAGGUAGUGAGUCCCGACGCAUGGGGAGCCCGGAGGAGAGACGAGCUAGACGGCUAGGCACUUUUGGACUUAGAAUUUGUAGCUAGGCCGUUAGUCACCCAUGCUUGACUUAAGAAUUUUUGUGUACAGAACUUAGUAUUAGUCAUGACUGUGUAUAUGAAGUGAUAAAUUUUGUACAUCUGACUGAUGGCUCCAAAACGGCGUGGGCGCCCGAAGGGUAGCUGUAAGGAUCAGGACACUCCUCCGAUCCCAGCUGCCAGUCCCCCUACCCAAGUUGCUCCGCAGGAGGGAGGGACGAGCAAUCCUCAAGUGGCCGCCUUUGUUCAGGAACUUAUGGUAGAGAUAAGACGCCAAGUAUCUCCUGCCACGAGUGUGCCACCUCCAUCCCCGAUGGUCUCCACUCCUACCCCGGUGGUCUCCACUCCUAUGACCCCUACUCCAAUUUCCCCUAUUCCCAUCUCUUCUGCUCCUGCUGUGCCUAGCUGGAAGGUCUAUACAGAAUUCCAGAAGCUAGUGACCCAGAGAUUUGAUGGUAUUGCAGGUUUUGAGCAGGUGGGAUCGUGGAUCACCGAGGUGGAGCAGGGAUUCUACCUACUGCAUGUUUCUGAUGACCUUAAGGUCAAUGUAGGCAGUUUUAUGCUUGCUGGGAAAGCAUUAACUUGGUGGGUGAGUUAUAUGAAGCUACACCAAGGAGAGCCUGAAUUGAGCACCUGGGAUGGUUUUAAGAAGGUGUUCAUGCAAGAGUACAUACCAGAUAGCAGAAGGCGGGAACUGCAAAGGGAAUUUGCAGAUUUGAAGCAAGGGUCAGGUAUUGUUGAGCAGUACAAGGAGGAGUUUGACCGCUAUCUACCUUUUGUGGGUAGCCAAGUUGCCGAUGAGCAAGCCAAGGCCGACAGAUUUCUGUGGGGCUUGAAUUCCGAUAUUUAUUUGGCGGUAAACCAAUUUAAACCCGCCACUUAUCGAGAGGCAGCGGAUAGAGCCAUAGACCAGGAGAAGGCUAUGGCUAGGGUCAAGUCCUCAGGACAGCACGGUGCCGGGUCAUCCCUGGGGAAGAGAAAAUUCGAUGGGAGCUGUAGGCUCUUUGUCCCUGCACCGCAUAGGGCUGCUAUCAGCAAGGGUUCUAAAGGGCCAGGAGCUACCAAGACUGGGGGCCAAGCAUCCAUGGCUCAACGUGCUCGCCCUACUCCACCUACUUGCCAGUUUUGUGGGAAGGUUGGGCACACCCGUGAUCAGUGCCACAUUGCUACUGGAGCUUGCUUUAGAUGUGGCAAGCAAGGACAUCAGAUUGCAAAUUGUCCGUUGCUAGACCCCAAAACUCAAAGUACUCAAUCUACAUCUCAGCAGGGGUCUACCAAUCAGGGGGCACCGAAACAGAAUGUCGACGAAGCUGCGGCUACCGACGUAAUCACGGGUACCUUGCCUGUUAACUCUGAUUUUGCACAUGUUUUAUUUGAUUCGGGUGCAUCGCACUCCUUUAUUGCUCGAUCUUAUGCUUUGAAACGAGCUUUGCCUGUUGAUACCUCUGAUUGUGAACUGCAUGUGGACACCUCUUUAGGAGGGAUGAUGACUACUAGAGAUGUGUGUAGGAUUAUGAAUAUUUAUAUUGAUGGUAGACAAUUGAGUGCUAGCCUGUUUGUUUUAGAUAUUUCUGAUUUUGAUAUUAUUUUGGGGAUGGAUUGGUUGUCAAAACAUUUUGCCUCUAUAGACUACCAUCGGAAAUGGGUAAUUUUUAAUAUCCCUGGUGAGCCAGAAUUUAGUUUCCAAGGCAGUGGUUCUUUUGCUCCACCCAUGCUAAUAUCUACCUUGCAGGCUCAGAAAUAUCCUGUAAAUGGUUGCCAAGGUUUUCUAGUUUCCGUCACCGAUGCUAGUAGUGUGACAUCGAGACUAGAAGACAUACCAGUGGUGCGUGAGUUUCCGGAUGUAUUUCCAGAGGAUCUCCCAGGUUUACCUCCGGAUAGGGAGGUUGAAUUUGCUAUUGACCUUGUUCCUGGCACCGGACCUAUUUCUAAAGCACCAUAUCGUAUGGCUCCUACAAAAUUGAAGGAGUUAAAGAUUCAGCUGAAGGAACUCCUUGAGAAGGGGUUUAUACGCCCUGGUGUGUCACCUUGGGGAGCUCCAGUGUUGUUUGUUAAGAAGAAAGAUGGGAGCAUGAGACUGUGCAUUAAUUACCGGGAACUAAAUAAGGUGACUGUGAAGAACCGGUAUCCCCUUCCUAGAAUUGAUGACCUGUUUGACCAGCUCAAAGGUGCCCAGGUAUUUUCUAAGAUUGAUCUUCGGUCUGGCUACCACCAGUUGAAGAUUAAACCUGAUGAUGUGCCAAAGACUGCCUUUCGCACCCGUUAUGGUCAUUAUGAAUUCCUGGUUAUGCCUUUUGGCUUAACAAAUGCCCCUGCCAGAUUUAUGGACUUGAUGAAUCGAGUAUUUAGCCAGUACCUAGACAAGUUUGUGGUCGUCUUUAUUGAUGACAUUUUGGUCUAUUCUGCUAGCCAUGCUGUUCAUGAAAAGCACUUAAGGAUAGUCCUCGAGACAUUGAGAAGUGAGAGGCUGUUUGCUAAAUUUAAGAAGUGUGAAUUUUGGCUAGACAAUGUUGCAUUCUUAGGUCACGUUGUGACUAAGAAUGGAAUUUCUGUUGACCCCCAGAAAAUUGAGGCCGUGGUGAAUUGGAAAAGGCCAAAUAGUGUCGCAGAAAUUCGAAGUUUUCUGGGAUUGGCUGGUUAUUUCCGCCAAUUUGUGGGGGAUUUCUCCAGAAUUGCUCAGCCAAUGACUCGUCUGAUCAGGAAGGAUGCCAAGUUUGAGUGGACUCCAGAGUGUGAGGAGAGCUUUUUGACCUUGAAGGAGAAGUUGGUCACUGCCCUUGUACUUGCACUUCCAAUCCAUGGGGAAGGAUUCACCAUAUAUAGUGAUGCCUCUAAAAAGGGUUUGGGAUGUGUCUUGAUGCAGAAGGAUAGGGUUAUUGCAUAUGCCUCUCGGCAGUUAAAGCCUUAUGAAGAAAAUUACCCUACCCAUGAUCUGGAGUUGGCAGCCGUGAUAUUUGCGCUCAAGAUCUGGAGGCAUUAUCUAUACGGUGAGACUUGUGAAAUCUUUACCGAUCACAAGAGUCUUAAGAAGUCCUCUGGCACUGCCUCUAGCAUCCUUGCCACUCAGAAAGAGUUACUUGAGGACCUUGUGAAACUGGAUGUGGAGCUGAGAAUGGACAGCACUAUGGCUUAUCUAGCCGCUCUCAGUGCACAACCUGCAUUAAUAGAUAGAAUUAAACUUGCCCAGCAGAAAGAUCCUUUCUUGCAAAGGAUGAAGGAAAAAGUAAGAGUCGGGGAACCCCACAUGCAAGAAUUCAGAAUUUCUGAUGAUGAGAUUCUGUGGUUCGGUAACAGGCUGUGUGUACCAAGAGAUCAUGCUCUAAGGCGCCUACCACGAACCUUAAAGGGUAAUGAUUCCAUCUGGGUCAUCGUUGAUCGAUUGACCAAAUCAGCUCACUUCUUACCCUACCGGACUGGCACCUCCAUUGAAAAGCUUGCCAAUAUGUACAUGGAGGAAGUAGUCAAGCUACAUGGAGUCCCUGUGUCUAUUGUGUCAGAUAGAGAUACCAGAUUUUUAUCUCAUUUCUGGACAAGCUUGCAGCAGGCACUUGGUACUCAAUUAAAUUUCAGCACGGCCUUUCAUCCUCAAACUGAUGGGCAAUCUGAGAGAACUAUCCAGAUACUUGAGGACAUGUUGAGGGCUUUUGUUCUAGAUUGGAAAGGUUCGUGGAAUCAACACUUAUCCAUGGCUGAGUUCGCAUAUAAUAACAGUUAUCAAUCCAGUAUCCGCAUGGCACCGUUUGAGGCGUUGUAUGGUCGAAGGUGUAGAUCACCUGUUUGUUGGACGGAGGUGGGCGAAAGGAGUAUUUUAGGCCUAGAAUUGGUGCAACAAUCUUCUGAGAUUGUGCAGUUAAUCAAGGAACGCCUUCCUGCUGCACAAAGCAGGCAGAAAAGCUAUGCGGAUAAAAGGAGGCGAGAUCUCGAGUUUGAAGUUGGUGACCAUGUAUUUUUGAAGGUGUCACCCACUCGAGGUGUCCUCAGGUUUGGCAUCCAGGGAAAAUUGAGUCCGAGGUAUAUUGGACCAUAUCCUAUCUUGGAAAGGAUUGGCGAAGUAGCUUAUAGAUUGGAGUUGCUUGGAAAUCUAGCGGGUGUUCAUGAUGUGUUUCAUGUGUCCUUAUUUCGGAAAUAUGUUUCCGACCCGAGUCACAUCAUUAAUCCCGAACCAAUUCAACUCCGGGAGGAUCUUACUUAUGACGAGCACCCGAUCCGCAUUUUGGAUUUCAAGGAGAGGAUAAUGCAGAGAAGGACCAUUCGUUUCGUUAAGGUCCUCUGGGACAACCAUUCGGUUGAAGAAGCUACUUGGGAGUUAGAAUCCAAGAUGAGGCAGGAACAUCCGCACCUCUUCCAAGAUUGAGGGAUGAGUUUAGGGGACUAAACUCCUUUUUAGGAGGGGUGGAUGUAAUACCCCAAAAUUUUCAAGAACAAUUAAGUGUAAGCUAGGGACCUAAUUGUGAGAAAAUAAUGUUUUUAAACUUAA